AGCUGGUUUCGGGGCCGAGAGUCGCCGGGCUUGGCCUCAGAACUUUUCCUCAGGCGGCGGAGCGACCCCGCCCCGUAGCUGGGACGCCCGCGCGCUCCUACUGGGCGCGCUCCCGGGCUCGAGAGCGCGUGGGGAGCUGGGGUGCAGGCGGCGGCGGCGACUGCUGGGGCGGCCCUGAGGCGGCGGCGGGCGGUGGAACUGGGGCGGCGGCGGCGGCGUUCGCUCUUGUCAGUUUUUACUCAGAGUCGGACGGAGUGAGUGACUAGCACACUUAGUUUUUACACAUGGGUUCAUUUUCAUAACUGUCAAGAAGUUCCAGAGAAGAAAAAUUUCAGAAAAAUUGCCUCAGUUUAAGUAAAAUCUCAGUGAAGCAAGAAAAUUUGAAGUACCUUCCUUAAAGAAAACCUGGGUAUACAGUAACUUCACAGGUCUAGCUUGGCUUAUUUACGAAAAUUGUUCACUGGUCUCUGCUGCCUGGUACUUGAACCUGUUUGGAAUUUUUCUCAUGUGGAUCUAAGGGGAAUGCUUUAUUAUGGCUGCUGUUGUCCAACAGAACGACCUAGUAUUUGAAUUUGCUAGUAACGUCAUGGAGGAUGAACAACAGCUUGGUGAUCCAGCUAUUUUCCCCGCCGUCAUCGUGGAGCACGUUCCUGGUGCUGAUAUUCUCAACAGCUACGCAGGUCUGGCCUGUGUGGAGGAACCCAACGACAUGAUCACCGAGAACUCCCUGGACGUCGCCGAGGAGGAGAUCAUUGACGAGGAUGAGGACGACAUCAGCCUUACAGUCGAAGCUUCCUGUCAUAAUGGGGAUGAAACAAUUGAAACCAUCGAGGCUGCUGAGGCACUCCUCAACAUGGAUUCUCCUGGCCCUAUGCUGGAUGAAAAGCGCAUGAAUAAUAAUAUAUUUAGUUCCUCUGAAGAUGACAUUGUUGUUGCCCCAGUCACCCAUGUAUCCGUCACACUAGAUGGGAUUCCUGAAGUGAUGGAAACUCAGCACGUUCAAGAAACAUAUGCACACUCACCAGGACCCUCAUCACCAGAGCAACCUAAGAGAAAGAAAGGGAGAAAAACUAAACAACCACGUCCAGAUUCCCCAGCCACUACACCAAACAUAUCUGUGAAGAAGAAAAACAAAGAUGGGAAGGGAAACACAAUUUAUCUUUGGGAGUUUUUACUGGCACUGCUCCAGGACAAAGCUACUUGUCCUAAAUACAUCAAAUGGACUCAGCGAGAAAAAGGCAUUUUUAAAUUGGUAGAUUCUAAAGCAGUAUCCAGGUUGUGGGGGAAGCACAAAAACAAACCUGACAUGAAUUAUGAGACCAUGGGAAGAGCUCUCAGGUACUAUUACCAAAGGGGUAUUCUGGCAAAAGUAGAAGGUCAGCGCUUGGUGUAUCAGUUUAAGGAUAUGCCGAAAGACCUUAUUUAUAUAGAUGACGAGGAUCCAAGUUGCAGCAUAGAUUCUUCAGAUCCGUCACUGCCGUCAACAACCACUUCGAGUAGGAACCCAGCAAGUCGGAGAGCAUCUUCAAGUCCAGGAAUGAAAGGAGGAACCACUACAGUUCUCAAACCAGGGAAUUCGAAAGCUGCAAAACCCAAAGAUGCCAUGGAAGCUGCGCAGCCAUCCGAGGCUCUGAGGACAGUACAGUCCACACAGACCCCGUACCCUACCCAGCUCUUCCGGACUAUUCACGUGGUGCAGCCGGUACAAGCUGUUCCGGAAGCGGAAGCAGCCAGCAGCAUGCCAGAGGAGACGUUAAAUCCUUCCGUUCCGAGUAUUAGGACCAUACAGACUCCAGCCCAAGUUCCAGUGGUGGUAUCUCCUGGGAAUCAGCAUUUGCACACGGUAACACUCCAGACAGUGCCGAUCACAACAGUGAUAGCCAGCGCAGAUCCGUCGUCAGCUGCUGGAUCUCAGAAAUUCAUCUUACAAGCCAUCCCAUCCUCACAGCCCAUGACAGUCCUCAAAGAAAACGUGGUGCUGCAGCCGCAGAAGCCGGGCUCCCCGCCCUCCCUCGUCUUGAGCCCCGCCCACGUGCAGCAGGUCCUCACCAGCAGCGUCCCGGCCGUCUGCAACGGAGCCGUCAGCGCGGCUUCGUCUCCGCCCUUCAGCGCCGCCGCGCCCAUGGCGACCUUUUCUCAGCACAGUUCACAGCUGGUUGCUCACCCACCUGGCACUGUAAUCACUUCAGUUAUCAAAGCUCAAGAGGCGAAGACUCACAUACAGGAAGAAGUGAAGAAGGAGGCUGGAGAGGCUGUGAAAGAAGGCGCGGAUCACCCCGAGCAGCAGCCACAGCCUUACGUGAUGGUGGUCUCCAAUGGGUUUCCUUCGCAGGUAGCUAUAAAAAACGAACUGCUGGAACCCAGCUCCUUCUGAGGAAUAUGCCAAAGGAAUUACAGAUGGUUGUUGUUUAACUGAACAUUUUUGAUUGUCUGCAAACUAUUGAUUCUAAGAUAAAUCCUCCACACCGUUCCUCAUUUUGUAGUUACUUGUUAAAAGUUAGUAACAGUUAAUUUUGACUUUGUUAGAUAAGGGGGGAAAACCCAAAUGCUUCUGUUUGUUCUCCAAAAGUUUCCGAAUUCAGUUGUGAAGGAACAGGCGUUUUAUACUAUGAAGACAUUCUUUUGAGAUUUUUUUCAGUGGUUAUAUCAUAAGCAUUUUACAAGCAUCAUUUUAAAUUUUAUAUUACAUUAGUUUUUCUGAUUCUUUUGUAAACACAAUACUUAAAUGUAAGACAUCAGGAAAUUUAUAUAGGAGCUGUUUUCAUUCCACUGUAUCAAAGGUUAAGUCUUGACUCUUUGAAAUCCAAGACACCUAUUUUAUGCUUUGUUAAAAUUAUGAUUUCACUUAGAUUGACUUUAGUUUGUUGCACUGUAUGUUGAGCUAUGCCUAUGUAAAAUAUAACUUUAAAAAUUGAAAUGUGCCCAUGAUAGGGCUAAACCUGUUUCAGAAGCAGGAUAAUAGAAAAGCAUCAGCCUAGGAGUGGUUCUCCUGCUGACUAGCUCUGUAACCUUGGGCAAGCCACUUGAUCUUCUGGGCCUCCUAAGAGGAAUGGUGUAUUGGAUUAGACUCCAACUCCUGUCUAAUUCCCUAUCUAGUUCUCCAAUUUCCCAUCUAGUUCUAAAUUUUAUGAUUCUAACUCCUAUCUUUUAUCAAUUUAUCAAAGUUAGUAUCAAUUAAAACAUUAUCAGCUUAUCUCCUAAUGUAAAUAUAACUAAAAUAUUACAGAAAAUUAAUGGCCCUACAAAAUUCAUUUUUCUGUUAUCUGUAAGACCUGCUAUGAACCUGAAUUCUUCCUAAAUAGUUUGUUCAUUAACUCUUUAGGCCCCUGUGCACUGUGAUCCACUAGUAAACUUACGUUGCUGAGUGCUAAAUGAUAUAAUGCUAUUCUGAAAGAGUCAGGGCUCUUUAAGGGCCCAGAAAGCAACCAAGCCUUGGCUAAUCUGACUGAGUAGUCAGUUGCUAUAAAACUGUAGCUGCUUUAUAUUUUGGAUCUUUUUUUUAUUGGGAGUGGGGGAGGGGGAAUUACAUACAAAGAUAAUAUGCAUUAUAUAUCCAUGUUUCUAGAUUACUUUUUAGAUUACUUUUUCAUCUGUAAAUAAUGUACAUUUAACUUCACAAGAAAAAUUGUUUCUUGCAAUUUUUUAGUGUAGCAAAAAGUAAUUUUUGUAGAUGAAAAAAUCAUGUUUAGAGGUCUAAUGUUAUAUGUUUUCAUAUUACAGAGUGAAUUUGUAUUUAAACAAAAAUUUAAAUUUUGGAAUCCUCUAAACAUUUUUGUAUCUUUAAUUGGUUUAUUAUUAAAUAAAUCAUGUAAAAAUUC